AUGGGGCCACUACUGAUACCACCAUAUCCUCACUAUCACAUACACCAGCACCAGACUCCAACCUCCGCACCAAAGGCCCCAAAUCCCCCGAACGACCACUCCUGCCCGUCUUCCGCCGCUGCAGCUGAGAACCAGGUUGACCAGGAACCGCAGAGGCUCAAGGACAACGAGAGGGGCGACCCCCAUCCAACGACACAUUCGGCUCCACACCCAUGGCACAAGUACACACCGCUCCGGGUGCACCACAACCCCGUGCAACAUCACCCACCGGUGACAAAACAGGGCCACGUCCCACCGAAGCUUCAAUAUCCACGGCGACAGCAACCUAAGGAGGAGGAUGUACCGCCACAUGCCUCAUCACUGCACAAUCGCCCACACCAGUGGGUAGGGGCCCCACAGACACCGGACUCGGCACCGGCACCACAGCACCCGUGGGGCGCACCGCACCCAUAA